AAAGUACUUCCGGUGGGGUCACCGCCGAGCCGCAGCCAGACUAACCGUAUUUCUGCUCUUUAUCCACGGCGUGGUUGCUGUCAUGUGAGCCUGUUUAUGCUGCAGUUUAAAAGACAAAAGUAUGUAAAUAGUCGUGUCCCGCAGCUCCCCCGCUGUCGUCUGGAGCCUGGCCGACACGCUGAGAGCAGAGAGCAGAGAGCAGGAGGAAGCAGUAGCCGACCAUCUUUAUUCUGCUGCCAGCAAUAACAAGAGACACACCAGGCUAGCUCCAAGUGGAGGCUGAGUAGUUUUCAAUUUAUUGUUUCUUUUAUACCGGAUAAAAGCAGUGGUCACCAAUCCCCCCCGUGUGAACACAGACACGACUCCCGGACAUUGCAGCUCCUCAAAGCCCGGCAACUUGGGGAAGUUUCGGAUCAGAAGACUGGCUGUUAAGAAUUAGUAUUCCCGUUUUUUCAUGUUUCCAACAGGUUUAUCUUCCCCUAAUCCCCAACCACCGCCAACCCAGGAGGUUAGACCCGCGUCCACCGAUGUCAAAAACGGCAGUGGUAACAUCACAUCUCCGAAGAAGAGGAAGAUAAACGGCUCCGAGAGGGAAGAAAGCAGUGACACGAUCUCCUCCUCGCCUCCCAAAACCCUCACUUAUUCCUCCCCGUCCUCCUCCUCCUGCUCUCCCACCUCGCUUCACAUCCAGAAGAAGUUGAGGUUCGAGGACUCGGUGGACUUAAUUGGACUGGGUGUGAAAAUGGCUGAAGAGGCUGCCGCCGCCGCCGCUUCUUCGUGCUCCAAUAACAAAAGCAAAGCCAUGUUCCUGCCCGGCGGCGCGGGCCACCACGCCAACGGGCUGAGCAAGAGCGCAGCCUCCGGCACCUUCUCCAGCAGCAAGCCCGGGGCCGCCAAGAAACUAGUCAUCAAGAACUUCAGAGAAAAGCCCAAGUUGCCUGAGAACUACACACAAGAAACCUGGCAGAAGCUGAAAGAAGCAGUGGAGGCCAUACAGAACAGCACUUCAAUCAAGUACAAUUUAGAGGAGCUUUACCAGGCUGUUGAAAACCUCUGUUCCCAUAAGAUAUCUGCCAAGCUUUACAAACAGCUGAGGGCUGUGUGUGAAGACCACAUCAAGGCACAAAUUGAUCAAUUCAGAGAGGAUGCCUUGGACAGUGUGCUUUUCCUGAAGAAAAUUGACAAGUGCUGGCAAGAUCAUUGCAGACAAAUGAUCAUGAUUAGGAGUAUAUUUUUGUUUUUGGAUCGCACUUAUGUUUUACAAAAUUCAAUGCUGCCAUCAAUCUGGGACAUGGGUCUGGAGCUGUUCAGGUUCUACAUCAUCAGCGAUCUGAAGGUCCAGAGUAAAACCAUUGACGGGAUUCUGUUGCUCAUCGAGAGGGAGAGAAAUGGAGAGGCCAUAGACCGCAGUCUCCUGAGGAGCCUGCUGAGCAUGCUGUCUGACCUUCAAAUUUAUCAAGACUCUUUUGAGCAGCGCUUUUUGGAGGAAACCAAUCGACUGUAUGCUGCGGAGGGACAGAGGCUGAUGCAGGAGAGAGAGGUACCAGAAUAUCUCCACCAUGUCAACAAACGCUUAGAGGAGGAGGCCGACAGAGUAAUCACAUAUCUUGACCAGAGCACACAAAAACCACUCAUUGCUACUGUGGAAAAGCAGUUGCUGGGUGAACAUCUUACUGCAACUCUCCAAAAAGGGCUGACUCACCUGCUGGAUGAGAACAGGAUUCAGGAUUUGUCUCUUCUCUAUCAACUCUUCAGUCGAGUGCGAGGUGGUGUUCAAGUGCUCCUGCAGCACUGGAUAGAGUACAUUAAGGCUUUUGGAAGCACAAUCGUAAUCAACCCAGAAAAAGACAAAACAAUGGUGCAAGAAUUGCUGGACUUCAAGGAUAAAGUGGAUCACAUCAUUGAUGUGUGCUUCCUGAAGAAUGAGAAGUUUGUCAACGCCAUGAAGGAGGCGUUUGAAACGUUCAUCAACAAACGGCCAAAUAAACCCGCAGAACUCAUAGCAAAACAUGUUGAUUCAAAGCUGAGAGCAGGAAACAAAGAAGCAACAGAUGAAGAACUGGAGAAGAUGCUUGAUAAGAUCAUGAUUAUCUUUAGAUUCAUCUAUGGUAAAGAUGUGUUUGAGGCCUUUUAUAAAAAGGAUCUGGCAAAGAGGUUGCUGGUCGGAAAAAGUGCCUCAGUAGAUGCAGAAAAAUCGAUGUUGUCAAAACUGAAACAUGAAUGUGGAGCAGCAUUCACCAGCAAACUAGAAGGAAUGUUCAAGGACAUGGAGCUUUCUAAAGACAUCAUGAUUCAGUUCAAACAGUAUAUGCAGUGCCAAAACAUUCCCGGUAAUAUUGAGCUGACGGUGAACAUCCUCACUAUGGGCUACUGGCCAACCUACGUCCCCAUGGAAGUGCACCUGCCUGCUGAGAUGGUGCGACUCCAAGAGAUCUUUAAGACUUUCUACCUGGGCAAACACAGUGGCAGGAAGCUGCAGUGGCAGUCAACACUAGGUCAUUGUGUCUUAAAAGCUGAAUUUAAAGAGGGCAAGAAGGAGCUUCAGGUGUCACUGUUUCAAACACUUGUGUUGUUGAUGUUUAACGAAGGAGAAGAGUUCACCCUGGAAGAAAUCAAACUGGCAACAGGAAUAGAGGAUAGCGAACUGCGCCGGACGCUGCAGUCGCUUGCUUGUGGAAAAGCACGCGUCCUCACCAAAAUCCCAAAAAGCAAAGAUGUGGAGGAUGGAGACAAGUUUUCUUGCAAUAAUGAUUUCAAACACAAGCUCUUCAGGAUCAAGAUUAACCAGAUUCAGAUGAAAGAAACGGUGGAGGAACAAGCAAGCACAACAGAAAGAGUCUUUCAGGACCGUCAGUAUCAAAUCGAUGCUGCUAUUGUGCGGAUCAUGAAAAUGAGGAAGACUCUGAGCCAUAAUCUCUUGAUGUCUGAGGUUUACAACCAGCUCAAGUUCCCUGUUAAGCCUGCUGACCUAAAGAAGAGGAUAGAGUCUCUCAUUGACAGGGACUACAUGGAGCGUGACAAGGAGAACUCCAACCAAUACAACUAUGUGGCCUAGCGAAUGGAAAAGAAAGGCAGUUGAUCCAGUUAGAAAGAAAGCUGUUCAGAGUGAUCGGUCUCUAAAUCUUUUGCUCCAGUGGAUGUUAACAAUUGUCAUCUUCCCCCCUCAGCGACCGACAAGCGAAUGGCUACUGCACCACAGGGUUUUUGUCAGGGGUCUUGUGAUCCUGUGGACUGCAUGCCCAUUAAAAAGAGAAUACUGUCCUCACUUCUUCUCAGUACCUCUGAGACAGAUGGGACAAAGAAGACACACAGUUCAGUUUACUUCUUUUUUUUUUUUUAAAUGGAGAGGAAAAAUAUUUAUUUUCGAACCUAGAUGCUUUGUCCAUAGUUUGAAUCAACAUGCUCUUUGUUAUUCAGUCAUUUUUUCCCCCCUUUUUGUUCACUCAGUAUCCACAGCAAAUGCUGACUUACUUAAUGCUCUAAUUGUACCACAUGUUGGAUAGAAAAAAGGAUCUAAAAUAUUAAACUGAUGCUUGUUUCUUCAGCCAGUGUCAAAUGUGGGACUGUCGGGCCAACAUUGGUAGUGGGGAACUCCUAAUGUGGGGACUGUGUUUAAUGUGAUUUACAGGCAAGUUUUACAGUUUUAAAGGCUAUGUACAAAGGCCACAUAAAGCUGUGAUCAUGAACACAUGAAAUGUUCAAAGCAGAGUUUGUGCCAUAAAAGGAACACCUCUUUUUGUUACAGGGCGUACUCAAGCUGCUAGGCCAGUUCUGUCAUACAAGUAUACAGUAUAUGCAUACACUUGUUUUGUUUUACCUUUUUCUUUGUACACCUUUAUACGUGCUACAGCAGUUAUAUUUUAAAAGAUCCAUCUGAAAGUCAAUCAGUUAAUAGUUUGGGGUUUUAUUUUUUGUUUUUUUUUGUUAACCUUCAAGUUUUCUAGGAGCACAAGGUAUAAGGAGUCAGGUGUCAUACACACUUUCUCCCUUUUCCUUUCUCUUUUCUUUUUGUGAAUCUCCAUGUGAGGCUUGCAGACAUGACUGAAAGUGGAAAGGAACUGCCUCGACGCAAGAAAAAAUGAUUGAUCAGAGCUUUGUUUGUAUGAGUCUGUUAGAGUUAUUGCUCAAGAUUAAAAUCACUUUCAAUUGAA